AUGCUGCAGCCCCUCCUCCUCCUACAAAACAUGGAGAAAUCCCUGAAGCGGGGUUUGGAUUUCAGGUUGGCAUACGACUGUCUGGCGGAUUCGAAUGGACUAGUUCGUUUGGAGUUGUUGCUGUCUCACUGGCCCGCUGUCACCGUCACAUCUGGAGCCUGCGAGAACUUCUGGCGUCAGAAAGCCAGUCCAGAGGGGUUUCUGGAUUGGCAGUCUUUCUCUGGAGGCCUGCAGGCUGCCCUGCAACCAAAAUAUGAUAGGUCUCACAAGUCUGAGCAGUCGAGGUUGGCUCCUGUUAGACGUCCAGUGGCUCAGGUAACGUCAGGAGAGAUAGAGCGGUUUCUCUCCUCCUGUUGCUCGAGUGGUCUGGUGAAGGCCUUAGAAAAAGCAGGACGCGACAUUCACCGCUGGCAGGUUUCAAUUCACAAGCAAGACUCUCAUAGAGAAGUGGCCAGUAAAGAGAAAAUAGAGCAGCGCCGAAAAGAAGGCAGAAAGAACAGUCGGCAGCAUUCGACAGGUCUAUCUGCCGCCAGAGAGAAGGAAGAGUUGUUAAGAGGAGCAGAGGUACUGCAGAAUACCCAGAGAUGGUUUCAAAGUCGGCUGGCGUUUUUAUCAGCCGAGCAAAAGCAGAGAACUGCCGAGAAGCUGGGUCCUGAGGAGGUUCUGGCAGAGAUGGAUGCUGGAGAGGAGGAGAGUCCUGUGUUACACCACCUCAAGCAGAUUAACAACCAUCUAUCCUCCUUGGCACUAACAAUCAACUCUCUACUUCCACUUACUUCAUCCCAGAAAACAAACAGCCUCCGGGGACCUAGUGCAGUGGUGGAGUACCCCAGUCUGAGAGUGCAGCCUCCGAUGAGGGGCCCAACAAGGACCGGAACAGGAUACGUCGGCUUGACCACAGCGGUGGUCCUCUCCUAUCUCAACCAUGAUGUCGCAGCGGUGGACAAAGACGAAAGCAAAUUAACCCUUUUGCACGAAGGAAAAAGCCCGAUCCAUGAACCCGGCAUCCAAAACCUUCUUGAAGAUGUACAGCAUACGAUCCGUUUCACGCCGAGUGCGGCUGAAGUUGUCCCAGAGGCAGAACUGAUUCUGAUUGCCGUUGGAACACCGCCAAAGAAGAACGAUCGGAUUGUCGUCGGGGCAAACAGCGAUGAAGCAGUGGAUACCUUGCGUCGCCUCUAUCAACCGAUCCUUGAACAGACCUUUGAUCCGCCAAGCGAGUUCCCACGUCCAUCCGCUUACCACCUCCCACCGAUGAUGACAACGGAUCCGAACAGUGCUGAGAUGAUUAAAUACGCUGCCAACACCUUCCUCGCGCUUAAAAUCAGUUUUAUCAACGAGAUCGCUGGUCUUUGUGAGGAAGUGGAUGCAGAUGUGACGGAAGUCGCACGCGGUAUCGGUCUUGAUGGACGCAUUGGAAAUCGAUUUCUGCGAGCCGGUCUCGGCUGGGGUGGCAGCUGCUAUCCGAAAGAUACCGCCGCACUAUUAGGUGUCGCAGCACAAUCUGGAUACGAGAUGCCGAUUACGGAAGCCGCACGCACCGUCAACUUUCGCCAACGAGAACGUAUCAUUGAAAAAUUGCGUGGGAUGCUGCGGACGCUUGAGGGCAAAACCGUCGGUAUCCUCGGACUUGCCUUUAAGCCGAACACCGAUGACAUUCGAGAAGCACCCGCGCUAGACAUUAUUCAAGAACUGCUUGCCCAAGGUGCAACUGUUCGCGCACAUGACCCUAUUGCCAUCCCAAAUGCUCGCCAUGCUUUAAGCGAAAACGACAAGACGGAGAACAGAUUGCACUUCACUGAAGAUGUAUAUGAACUUUCCUACGAUGCUGACGCGUUGGUACUUGUCACCGAAUGGGACCUCUAUCAUAAACUCGAACUCCGUAGACUCGCCAAGCAGAUGAAGACACCUAUUCUCAUUGAUGGCCGCAAUGUUUAUUCGCCAGAAGAAGCACGCGCUGCAGGUUUCCACUACAUCGGGUCGGCAGAGCGUAGACCCAACUAA